UUUUCCUUAUUUUAAACAAUUAUUUAGUUUUGGAGACGAAUUCCGCCCUGAGAUGUGGCCUUCAGUUAGAUGGACUGCAUUUGCUUAUUUCAAACGGUUCUACAUGAGACAUUCUGUAAUGGAGUAUUCGCCUAAGAAUGUUAUGGUAGAUGAAUUCAACGUCACCAUUGACAAUUUUGUUGACAAUCUCAGCAGCGGCACGCGCGAAUCAAACAUCGAAACAGUGCUGAAUUUAGAACCUGAAAUUAUGCUUAAGCUGGACUAUUACUUGGCUGUGCAUUCACCUUUUCGUCCCUUCGAAGGGCACAUGAUCGAAAUAAAAACAAGAAUGGGAUUGCAGCUCUCAUCACUCAAAUUUGACAUUGAGGCAAUAAGGCCAUUCUCUACGGAGUUUUUUAGGAUGUGCUUAUAUGGUGAUGUGAUGUUGUUAUAUCCUCCGUCCCAGAUUGCCCUAGCUGCUAUCAAAUAUGGAUUGGACAAAACAAUAGGCGAACAAAGAUCUUCAAAUUUUCUUCGUGAUUCCCUUGCAAAGCUAAUGGAUGCUGACUUUGGUGCAAUGGGAGAAAAAAACGCUGCAGAAAUAUUUAAACUGGAAAAAAUUCAAAUUCGAAUUGGUCAGAUUUGCGAACUUGUAUGUGAACAGGCAUCGCAAAACUUUAGUACAGAAGACAGCGAAAGGCUACAAAAGAAAUUCUUCACAUAUAUACAAAAAGUUAGUGGUGAGCUUUUGCCGAAACUAAAACAAAUAGAAAAGGAGCAACAACAAAAUUCUGGAAGCGGAGAUGUAUUUGAUUCAGAUGACGAUUUUUAG